UUAAAAAAAUGAAUAAAACUAAAGUUUUUUAAUGAUUGUGUAAACGAAUUGCAAUUGCAAGGACAAGAUGAAAGGCCAACAUGUCGGCUCAUAAUGAGUUACGGUCAAUAGAGUCGAAUACAAGCAGCUGAAUAUAUAGAUUAUUUUCGCAUCGUAAAUCAUGAAUAAAAUAAUCAAUAUAAUUGAAAAGGAAAAAACAAUACUAAAAAACCAAAACGAAUAAAACUACUACAAAAGAAUCUGUGUUAAUUUUCUGAAAUAAAUACAUACAUAUAUCUUUUUAUAUAUAAGUUAUUCACACUGAUUUAACCAUUGCACUCAAGAUGUGAUAUAAAUUUACUUCUUUUCACCAGCGGUAAUCAGUAUAUGCAGUGGCAAAAAUCAAUAACAAACCGAAUUUGAGUGGGUUAUGCGUGAUGAGGUUCACGCCAUACUUAAGAAACUACGAGAGAUUCUAGUGGAGUGCGCAAGACGAUUUCCGGUACCAUGUUUUCCAGACAACGAGGGUAAACGUACUGAAAAGUUUGUGUUAAUGGCUGCACAGGAUCAGUUAAAGUGUUCCGUCACGCUCACUGGCGACAGCAUAACUCAAGCUGAUAUUAGUUACAAAUUGAAACGUGCAUCCAGCCAAGUGCAACGUACGUCCAUAACACCCGAUGCCCCAUGGAAACUUCAACAGGUGCAAGAUGCUGCAAAUCAUCUACAACAAGCUAUCAAUCAUAUUGAUAAUGUUGACGGCAAUUAUGCAUUCAAAUCUCGUGAGGAAGUGCUUCAAAUAAUUGGCGAAUUGAUAGGAGCUCUGCAGCGUGGUCGAACUAGUCUAAUAAUACCAAAGAAAAAGGCAAUAGAUGAACUUAUGAAGGGGCGAAAUAUGAAAUCGCUAACACCUAACCUACCAGAAGAUCAAGCAAUAUCUUUCUUUUUACAAUGCCACAAACUCAUUGUAGCUGUUUAUCAAUUGUUAAACGUUCAGGGAACUAUGAAAAUGGAGGCCACUCAGGCUGAAUGCUCAGUCGGUUGGCUUAACGAGGUGCUUGUGUUGUUCACUGUUGGCCUAACACUAUGCCAACAGCUCAAGGAUAAAAUUAAUGCAUUUAAAAUGGACGUAUCAAGUUAGUAAAUUACAUGCCAUCUUCAAUAUAUUUUGUUGAAAGUAAGUUAAUAUUCAUAUAUAUAUAUAUAUAUAUAUAUAUAUAUGUAUAUAUAUAUAUAUAUAUAUAUAUAUAUGUAUAUAUAUAUAUAUAUAUGUAUAUAUAUAUAUAUAUAUAUACAUAUAUAUAUUAUGCCAAAGCCAACAUAUACAGUGUGCGGGUUCAAACCUUUCUAGUACUAUAAAAAAAAAACUAAGUACACCUACUAUAUUUAUAAUACCGCACAUGCAAGUAAUAUAUCAAUGGUUAGUUAUAAAUACGUACAUACAUAUCGGCAAUAGAAAAAAGGCAUGCUACAAAUAUAUAACUUCCAUUAGUUGUGGCGAUAAACCUAUACACUGUCACAGUCACAGUUACUAUGAUGAAGAAGGUGUUACAAAAGCGGGUGGUAACCAAACAAAUUUAUUGAUCUCAACCAGUUAAACAUAACUUGAGCCUUAUGUUAUUAUUUUUCGAAUUUCAACAUUCGGUUUUAGUAUUUUCAUUUUGAUUUAAAUAUGUUUUAAGAAAUAAAUAUUUUUUUUUUUGGCUUUUGCUCACCACCCUGAAAGUUUAAUAAAAAUCAGAACUUAGCAAAUCUUUGGCAGUAAGUAUAUUUUGGGGCUUAGUUCGGCGUGUGUAGACAAGUAUGUAUAUUGCAAUCAGUUGAGGUUGUAAAAGUUUUUCACCUUUAUGACACUUAGAUUACAAUUAUCUUUACGUACUAGGCAUCGGUAAUAGUAAAGGGUAUAAACUUUCAUUAUGCAUUUUCUGUAUUUAUUUAUAUAAAUAAAUUUGCUGCUGUUUUUAUUCUCAUUUCUGCCUACAUUCUAUCUUUAAGUACAUUCUCUGAUGAAUUUUAAUAGUUUAGGAUUUGUUAAAAAAAAAUUAUAAAAUAAAUUUUUUUGAGGAAUAAUGUAAAUUUGUCCAUUCAUGAGAUUAUUAUAAAUUCCAGUUGGUCGCCUAAUAAUUUUUAUUAUAUAAAAUUUUAUAUUCCUAUGCAAUAGCAUUUUAUUUGAUCAAUAUGCUAUUUUUUUAACAUGCUAUCCGCAAAAGAAAUGCAUAUUUGCAGACAAAAAAAUUCCCCAUAUAAUUUGUGGCAAUGUUGCCUAGUUCAGAAUUGAACAUAAUUCCGUUUAGUGUUUUCUCCUUCAAGGAAACGGAUUGAUAAAGCUUAUGCCUAGGUUUUCUUACGUGCGCUUUGGUUCCUUAUUAGCAAUAUAGCAAUAUACAUUUCUUCUUCCACACAGUCAAGCUGCUCCACAUCAUUUUAUUUUAGUUUUUUUAUGUGCGAAGCAUUUUUGGGCAAAAAGAAUUUAUAAUACAUACAAAAACUGAAUAUGUAUGGAUGUGUGUUUCACAAACUUAAUGCCACCUUCGAAAAUACUGCAAAAUUUUUUUAAAAAACUGUAACAAUAGUUGUGUGCACGUGGAUGUAUGUAUGAACACUUCUAGGGUGCUGCCGUUAGUAAUAUUAAGCUGCAAGAAGCAACAUAGUAUUUAUAAAAAUAUAUACGUAUGCAUGUCAGCAACAGCAAUAUGUAGUAGCAACGACAAAAGCAAAUGCAGUUAUCCAACUGAAAUUUAUUGGUUCAACAAAAAUUAAUAAUAAUAAUUAAACAAAAAAUUGACAAUAACUUCUAUUCUGCAACUUGCAAAGUUAAACCGUUAAAUAUACAAUGGCAUAGUAAUAUAAACGGGAUACUUUGCUCGUACUAAAUGUGCUAUAUUGAAAUAUAAAUAUUAUCAAAGUUCUAUUCAUAAUUACAUUUAAAAAUGUUGACUACAAUCGUUAUAAAAAAAGCGAAAUGGCGCCUAUUUCUCCAACUGGCCAUUUAGCGAAUUUAUUGCCUUUCAGUGAUUGUAUCAUGAAAAAUGUCGAACAAUUUAAUAUUAUGUAUAUUAUUCAUGUCUGCUAACAGUAUUUUGAAUUUUUACAAGUACUUACUACAUAACCUAAUUAGGUGUGCGAGUUAACGAGAGCUAACUAACCUUACUUUAAUCAGCAAUGAAAAGUACGUGUGUUUCACGAUUUUUUUUUCGAAUUUCAAAAUGUAGUUCUAAGAUAAAAUGAAAGCCCAAACAGAAAUUUGGAAUCAAUUAUUCUUGAUUGCCUUGGAUUAAUUAGAUUAUUGAUGAAGCAAAAUUAAUUAUCUUUGCGUGUUUAUAAGAAAUUGGAAAAAUAUCCUUUAUCUCGCUAUUUACUUAAUAUAUAUGUAAGGCGCUUUAAAUCUCGAAAGAAACCGAUUAACUACCUACUCAACUAAAUACCUGUAUACUUAAAUUUACUUAAGCGUAUUUAUUUACAACCAUAUGUGUUUUAAAGUAAAAUAGUAAAAAAAAGAAAUUACGUUCAUUCGCUAGCAUUUAAGUAUUUAUUUACAUGCAACAUAAGUAAAUGAUUUAUGUAUGUCUCAUUAAGAGCGUGGAGCAUAGUAUAUCCCUUAAGAAGCUCCCAUUUUAAGAAUAAUAAAUGUUUAAAAAAAGCUCAUGAUAUACAACAAAUACCAUACAUACAAACAUGAUAAGUGAAUAGCGUUUUUUGUAAGCUACAAUAUUAGAUUUAUAUAAACAUAUGUACGUAUGUAUUACAAUUGAAUUUAAAAAAAAAAAGUUGUUAAAUGAGUUUAUAAUUCAAAUAAAUGUAAUCAACGUUACUAAAACAACGUAUAAAUUCAACAGA